GAUUAGAUGAGAGAAAAAGAGAGCCGUGGUAGUGAAAAGAGGGACUAAGAUAGCAGGAAGAGCUCUCUUUAAAAUCUUGAGAAAAACCGUCAUGACUCUCACUGAGAUUAUCUUCGUCUUGACCGGGACGUGUGCCAUCCUGGUUUUUGGAGGGAAAGUAGCUAGCCUCAUUAUGAUGCUCAUCACGAAGCUCUUCUGUCCUCUUCCUGAGGCUUUUUUUACCUCUCUGGGGAAAUGGGCAGUGAUCACUGGAGGCUCAGAUGGAAUAGGAAGAGCUUAUGCAGAAGAGCUUUCAAAACAAGGUAUGAGUGUGAUCAUCAUCAGCAGAAAUCAAGAGAAGCUUGACAGAGCUGCCAAGAAGAUCGAGCUCAAAACAGGAGGGAAAGUCAAAGUAAUAGCUGCUGACUUCACCAAAGAUGAUAUAUAUGGACACAUUACAGAAAAUAUCGAGGGAUUGGAUAUUGGUGUGUUAGUGAACAAUGUCGGGAUUCUGCCCAGCCAAAUACCCUGCAAGCUCCUUGAAACAUCUGACUUGGAAGAAAGAAUAUAUGACAUUAUCAACUGCAAUGUAAAGUCCAUGGUUAAGAUGUGCAGAAUUGUACUACCAGGAAUGCAGCAGAGAAGAAGAGGAGUCAUUCUGAAUGUGUCUUCCGGAAUAGCCAAAAUACCAUGUCCAAUUUACACCUUGUAUGCAGCAUCAAAGGUUUUUGUUGAGAGAUUUUCGCAAGGUCUUCAAGCUGAAUAUAUAUCCAAGGGUAUUAUUAUUCAGACGGUGGCUCCAUUUGGGGUUUCAACAGCAAUGACAGGACAUCAGAAGCCAGAUAUGGUCACAUUCACGGCUGAGGAGUUUGUGAGAAGCUCGCUGAAGUACCUGAAGACUGGUGACCAAACAUAUGGCAGCAUCACUCAUACUUUACUGGGCAGGAUUGUGCAGUCCAUUCCUACCUGGGUCCUGCAGAGUGAAGCAUUUCAGCAUCACUUUCAGGAAUAUGUGAAGAACAGGGACAGAAGAUGAGAGAUGUCAUUUUCCAACUUUAUACUGUAUAUAGUAUUGCACAUUUGAUACGUGUGUUUCUUUGCUUUAAUUAAAACAAAGCUGUGUGUAAAAAAGACGUAAGACUGGAAAAGAAAAAUGACAGGCCUCCAUUUUUCCAUGGUCCUUCAAAAUAUGCUACAUCAGUGUUGAUAAUGAAAUGCAAUCAUUAUUAAUGGUAAUCAUAUCAGCAGACUGGAGAUAGAUGAGUAGUACUGCCCUUGAUCACAUUAGCGGAAGGUCAGUUUCACAAAGGCCAAACCACAGAGUCAGACAUGUGACCUUGUUGUUGUUUUUAUUAUUUUUUUCUUUCAGAUUAGAUCGUGUUUAGUCUUAUGUAUUUUUAAACCAUGGUUGCGUUGGAAACAACAUCCACAAAACAUGUAUUUGGCGCCACACAGUGGUUAAAUCAUCUUUAAAAGGAAUAAUUUCAAGUCAUUACGCUGUAAAAAAAAGCUGGGUUCCACACAAUUGAUUUGUGUUGGGGCAACAUGAAAAAAACUAAGCUAAGUUAUUAGUUUUUUACAAAUUUAAGUUGAUUGAACAUAAAACAAUUGAGUAGUCCCCCCAAAACCACAAAAAUGUGUUGUUUCAGUUCAGUUUAAAUAAGUAGUUUGAACAAACAGCAAAGUGUAAGCCAGUAUUAUGACUUUUAUGUGAUUAAAUACUCUGUAGCCACUUGAGAAACAUGCACACCCUUUUUGUAUUGUUAAUCAUAUUAUCAAUGUAUAUACUAACAAAUCAUACAGAUCAGUUACAAGUAAAAAAAUGUAAAGGAAAAAAAAGAUUUGAAGGAUGACAUUAGAAGAUAAAAAAAAAAAAAAUUGCACAAUGAUAAAUAAUUUGGCACUUUUAAAACACAACAUUCAUUACAACAUGAUAAGGUUAAAUACUGGCGGUUCAUUCCACUGUGGUGACUCUUGAUUAAUAAAGGGCCUAAGGCCAAUGGGUGUAAUGUUGAAAUAUGGUAUCAGUAAUACAUUCUGUUGUUGGCUCAAAUCUAAAGACUUUAAUUUCUAUAGUCUUUGAGGACACAGAAUUAAAUAACUU